AGGGAGCUUGAGACUGACUUUGGCACCAACGCCAAAAACCAAUCUACUACGAGUGGCUUUGGGCACUUCUCCUCACUAUCCGAGGCCGUUGUCUUUUUCCUUUUGUAUUCCUUCACAUCCACUUUCUCUCUUUCACUCUUCCAUUCACAUCUUCACUUCUUCAUUAAUUGUCUUGGCGAUCGCUAUUUCUUUCGCCCAUAUAUCUCGAAAACUUUGCGCGCGAUACCCCAAAUCCACUACCUCCUUUUCUGUCGCAAACAAUCACACCAUGGCUUUUAAGCAAGAAGAACCUCCCGCCUACGGCCCUCCCCCAGGUGCCCCUCAGCCUACAUACGGCGGCUAUCAACAAGACCCAUACGGCCAGCAGCAAGGUCAAUUCCAACAGGGCGGCCAGCAGCAAGGCUACUAUCAACAAGGUCCUCCUCAGAUGGGCUACUACAACCAGCAACAAGGUCCCUUUCCCGCUGGUCAGGGUCCCUAUCCUCCUCAACAAGGCCCCUACGGACAGCCUCCCCCUCAGGGCUACUAUCCCCAAGAUGAUCAGAGAGGAGGCGGUGGUGCUGGUGGCGGUAUCAUGACUGGCCUUCUCGCUGGUCUGGCGUGCUGCUGCUGUUUGGACUGCCUCUUCUAAAUGCCGAUUCACUGCGACUCGAUACCACCGCCGAUAGCGGACAUGCAGACAAAUGGAGGGAUCGGAAGCGCAGCGUGGCGCAUCAGCAAAUGGAAAUGGUUUCCUGUUUCACGGCGUUGGGGAUCAUUUGACUACAGAGCUCUGAUUCUAUGUUAUGUGUUUCUUUGUUUCCUCGAUAAAGUACGACUUAUAAUUUCAUAAUAUUCAGUCUCAA